GGUCUAUAUAUACGUGCGAGGCCAGGACGCUCUACCAGUCGACUUAGCUCUGUGUGUUGUACUUGUGUCACGAUGUCUCCAAUCAAGUGUAUCGUCCUGCUAGUAGCAUGCAUCAGCGUGCGACAGACACUGUCAGCCCCGGCGCCGCAAGAGCAGGAGUAUCCACCGAUGCCGUAUGAAUACAAAUACGACGUGGAGGACCCGGAGAAGACUCUGUACUUCGGUGCCAACGAAUCAGGAGAUGCUGCCGGUAAAGUGAUAGGAGGAUACAAAGUACUACUGCCUGAUGGUAGACUCAUGACAGUAGAAUACACAGUGGAGGGAGACAGUGGAUUCGUACCUAAGAUCACUUUCGAGGAGAACGCUAACCCCUUCGGUAAAGGCAAAUAAGUGAGAUGUAAUAUAAGAGUAGUGUCCAACCGAAGGUCGAUUAUUGGCUAAUGCCCAAGGCUUACAAUCUGCAAGAAAUAUUAUUCAACUUGCCUUAUAUAUUUAAUUCAAAUAAUUAUGAAUGUUUUUAAUAAUAUUUUCUGUCAAGAAUAUAUAAAUGUAUAAAAUAUUGGAAAAGUGAUAACAACAAUUCGAUAAUUCAAUAAAUUCAAAAUUUUAUUUCUAAAAAAAUAAUCGUCCUUGUAUGAUUAUUUCCGCCGAUGGCAGCCAAAGUCGAAGCUGCGGUUGGACACUAGAUAUAAGUGAACAUGACAAAUCAGAUACUAGCCAAAAACGUAGGGAACCAUUGGAAUUAAUAGACUUUGAAGAUAAUUUGCAACGAGGAAUCAAAUUACAGAGCAGUUGUAACGUAAGGUCAAUUGUUUGUUAAGAGUUUUGUAUAUUUCAGUCUUUAUCUUAAUUACAUCUAGAGUUAUCUCAGUAAUUAUCUUAGUGCUUAUUGUGAUUAAUGUGGACUAACUUGUUUCUAAAAAAUUAAUAGAUUAAGUAAGUCAAAAUCUGCCAUAUGUUACGAACAAUUUCGGUUUUGUAAACUUUACCCAAAUCUUUACAGUCAAGUUACCACCUCUGUGAUACAGUUAAUAAGUUCACAAUUUGUCAUAUCUUAGGGUUAAAAUUAGGUUACUUUAUCAGAUAAGGUUAUAUAACUUUUGUAUGCAAUAUUUUGUAAAAAUAA